AUGACGUCAAUCCAUACCGAUCGCCCUCCGCAGCCAUUGGUAGACCACAAUAGAUGUGGGCGGAAUGGCUGCCCGUCGAACGUCAAACGCGGUAUGCAAUGCCACGCCUGCAAGGCCUGGUGGCAUUUCAAACGCACGGGUGAACGACAGCCACUGACCGACAAGAACAAAACCGACCCGGGAAACUUGGGUAAAAGCCUCGAUCCUGUGUAUCAAUCCGUGAAUCCGUGUGCCCUCAUGAGCUCGCCCGAAGGUCAUGUACCUGAUCAACAAUAG